AUGAUGCUUUCCCGUUAUUCCAUUCCUCGACCUUCUUUUUUGACAUGUAGGAAAAGGAGUAACAAUGCAAUAACACUUUCCAAAUUAUCAUAUCAUACAGUCCAACAACAGGCAUUAAAACCAAUCACAGAUUUCACCGGAUCUGAUUCUAAUACAGAAGAACCAAUCGCUGAUGAUGGCGUGCCAAAUUUCCUUACUACUGCACCCGUUGUCAAACGUCAGUUCCAUACAAAUGUUCCAUUUACUAAAACCCCGCCUUUUGGUUCUCCUUUUUCUCAAAAAGAUCUCGAUAACUUUGCCAAAAAAUGCGAGCAAUGCUCCGUUUUGUGUGAUUUUACAGAUACAGAAUCAGAUGUACAAGCUAAACCAGCUAAAACAGCAACGCUAAAAGAGAUCUGUGAUGUAAUUACAGAAUCAUCGAUUGUUGUUUUAACAGGAGAAUCAAUAGAUGCUUUAUUUAAUAUGUUUUAUGCAAAUCUGAAUAGAUCAAUCCCUCCAGUUGAAAAGAAAUACCUUUGUUAUGAUGAUGAACCACUUAUUUACGAAAUCAACUGGCCGCAUUUAUCGAUUGUAUAUAACAUUAUUAAAAAUUAUCAAAAAUUAGUUCCAAAUGAUACAAGAUAUCAUACUUUACGAAAAACGUUAUCAAAUCUUUUGAGAAGUGCAGAUCCAAAUGAAAGAGAUUUUAUUCUUGGAUUCUUUACAUCAUAUGUUACAAACUUCCCCGAUCAACUUGAUUCAGUUAUGACAGACUUCGCUUAUAAAUUAGUUGAAUAUCAUGAAGGAGGUCUUCCAUUCGUAGUCCUUCCAAUUCUUAAAUUCUUCUCAGAACAGCUUAAAUUGUCUAAGAAAAUAUCACCAUUAAUGGAAAAAAUCUGGUCAAACUCGAUAUUGCCAUUAAUUUCAUGCCAACAUAAUGCUACAAUAUAUCCAGCAUUCCUUGAGAUAGUCGAUACCAUGGCAACGAUUAAUCCUUCUAUUACAAAGUCUACUUUAGAAAUCGCAUUACAUCAUUGGCCUGAGUCUCGUCCUUCAAAGCAAAUUUCAUACUUUUAUUUGUUAAACUCAUUGGCUGAAAAAUUAUCGUUAGAAGAUUUCUCAAUAAUGUGCAAACCUUUGUUCAAAACAUAUGCUCGUUGCGCAACCACUUCUCAGCACGCUAAAGUUGUCGAAACAUCAUUCCAAGUAUGGGCUAACGUAAAAAUCUUACAAAUGAUUAUGGAUAAUACCCAUGAUGUAUUUCCUAUCGUAUAUCCAGCUUACCAGCGCAUUAUGAAAGAGCAUUGGAAGCCUGCAACAAAGAAUGCAUCGUUAACGGCUAUCAAACAGAUGCACGACUUAGAUCCUUUUGUAUUUGACGAAUUAACUCAACAAGCAAAGAAAGGAUCACAACAAGAAGAUGAUACAGCACAGAAAAUACAUAAGGGAUGGGCUUUGAUCGCUAGAACAGCUGCAAAAUCCGAUAAAACGGUUAAUCUUGCAAGAGUUUUAGCAGAUAUCCAAUUAAAGUUUGCGAAAGUUACGCCAAUAUCUGAAACUGCUGAUCAGCGUAAGAGAAGCCUUCCUAGCAAUAAUUCAAUGGGUAAUCCAAAAAUUGUUGUGCCGAAAUCUACAAGCACUAUGAGAUUUUAA